AAGAACUGCAGUAGAGUAUGGGCAAAACUGUGUUUGUUACAGUGGGGACUACAAGCUUUGACGAUCUGAUCUCCUGUGUGUCUGCAAAAGAAACAGUCAGGAUCCUCAAAGGCCUUGGUUAUAAUAGACUGAUUCUUCAGAUUGGUAGAGGAACUAUAGAACCAGCGCCAUGUUGUACUUCUGACUUCUUGCUGGAGUUUUUUCGAUACAAAGACUCUCUUGUGGAAGACAUCAAGAGUGCAGAUCUUGUAAUAAGCCAUGCAGGUGCUGGGAGCUGUUUAGAGACACUUGGGGAGGGGAAACCCCUUAUUGUUGUGAUAAAUGAGCAGCUAAUGUCCAAUCACCAAAUAGAACUAGCAAAGCAGCUUUAUAAAGAUGGACACCUCUAUUAUUGCACAUGCAGCACCAUUGGAAACACACUACAGACAAUGAACCUUUCAGCCUUGAAGAACUUUUCUCCUGGAAAGCCUGAAAAUUUUGCUGCAUUUUUAGAUAAAGUUGUGGGAAUGAAAUAAUAGAAAUAUAUACUUGUACCUAGAUUUAAAUAAUUAUGACUUAUGAAUGCUCUGCACUCUUUAUUUUAACAAUAAAAAUCAAAUGUUUUAAA